AUGGAUGAUGAAACGAGCCUCGCACAGCGACCCCGACAGCGGUGGCUCAAGCAUGGACCCACGAGAAGGCGUCGGGUGAACCCUGCAACCACAACGACAGCACGUCGACCCCUACGCCGCGAACCCAGUCGAUCGAACAGAGCGACCUGCACAGCGGAGACGGUCAACUUAGCCAGGACAGCUGCCACAAAGAGCACACACGGCUCGGAAGCUCGAGCCACAGGCCCGCAUGCCCGUGGACCGAAGCCUAAAGCCAGGCCUGCGCCCCGCCGUACCGGCCCACAUGCUGCCCCGGCCGCGCUGCCCGCCUCAGCAGCCGCCGCCACAUCGUCGGACGACCUGUUCCUUCCCAUGUCCUUGGACUCGGCAGUCGAUACGUGGAUGCUUACUUUGGGCAUGCGCCACAUUGAUGAGGAAGUGGGCAACCAUUUCCUGCCUGAGGCCACCAUGUCCAGCAUUGGCGACACUUUCCUUGACCAUGGCAUCCAAGACCGCCAAGUCCUCAUGCUGGCAGUGCACCGGGUGGCCUUGAACCUCCUCGCCAGCAUGGGCGAGGCCAUUCGAGUUGCUGCCCAACAAGAACGGGACGAUCAGGCCCGUGAACGAGGCGAGGACACCGACGAAAGCGUCUACAUGCAGAUGCCCUCCUCCUUCCAGACCCUGCUCCAACAGCUACUACACGACCUAGAGGAAGUGGGUAAAGCCAGCUCGCCGUGCAUGGCCGAGUGGCUGAUCGAUUGGCUGUCCCACCGAUGUGCCAAUUCAGCCGGGGGAUACUGGAUUGGACAUAGUCAGGGCUACGCUGCGGAAGUACUGGCUGUUCUCGCAACCUUCGUGGGAGACGCCAACGCUGAUACCUGGGGCCAAUGCAACGAGGAGGAAACACAAUGGGCCACUGCGUGGGCCCAUCGCCUCCAACUAUACCUCCCAGUACACGAGGGUUCGCGACAAGCCCAUCGGCUGCCGCCUGAACGCAGCCCAGUCAUGCUGUUCUCCAAGCCAAUGCCGGACAGUUCGGAAGAGGAGGCAGUCGGCGACCAGUCCGUUCAUGGGGAUCUUCCGGCUCGUGUCAUUGAUCACCUGGUGGAAGCUGCUCGAACGGAGGACAGCCCUCCUGGCCCUCUGCAGCCGGAGCCAAGCCCCCACGACGCGGCCGAACUUCAAUACCUGCAGGGCCUUCGCACACCUGAGGCCUCCGAGCCCCCUUCCAAAGUCCGGGUGAUGAUGUUGGAAGUCAGCAGUGGCAGCACGGACACACCCAAGCGCACCAUCCGGGUGCCCCUGGACGCCAACGGCACGGCCAACCUUCGCCUCCGGAUUUGGCAGGAAGACGAGCUCGAUCAGGACGGAAUAGCAACCCAGCUGGUGGCACCGAGGGACAUGGCUCCAGCCGACAAGCCCGCAGUCUCCGAGAUCGCCGAUACGGUUCCGGACUUGGAGCAUGCCAACCUGCAGGGGGACCGGAAUGCAUGGGGUGGGGACAUCGAUGCCAUCUCUCUGGAUGUGGUUCGCUCCAUCGCGGCCAACUCCGACCUGAACGAGGACCAGAUUGAACGGCUCUACGGGGUCCAGGUGCUCCACAUGGUCCAGACUUGCCGAGCUCUACAGGACUUCGAGGAUAGCCCGGAGGUCACUGUGCAUGUGGAUGCUGGUUCCCGUCCGAAGCCGGUCGACUCAGAGGGUGUAGCUGUGGCGGACGGGGAGAACCUCCUGGAGCCUCCUACAAGGGUCGAGCACGGUGACUAG